AGACGCGUUAUCUUCCUACUAAGUAUGUAAGCCUACUGGUUAACGUAGCUUUUCUAUGGCCAGUGCUAUUGAAGGACUACGAUCACAGUACAUAGGUUAAUAAUGUCACACGGAAGGACUUUCGGACGUACCAGUAAAGUAUGAUUAUUUCGAAACAAUGGCAGCAAUAGGAAGGGAGGUGACAAUUAGUUUGAUACUUGUUGGAUUUGUUUUGUAUUCAGUUUUAGGCGCGGAUGCAGCUGACACGUUCCGUUGUCCGUCAUUGCCCCUUGGUCACUACCCCUUCUUGUACUGCCCAUCUCCGCAGGACCCCCCUAACCACACACGCUGCUGUUCCGAGGGCUGCUGCGACGGUCGGGGAGAACAUCACUGUCCUUCCGAUGAUUACAAUAAAGACUUUUACUGUCCUCGACCUGGUGACCAGUCCGGUUUGGAGACAUUCUGUUGCAAGGCAGGGGACAACAGUGAUGCUUGCUGUGGACCGACGGCAUUAGCCAUUUGGGUUCUGCCAGUGAUUGGUGUAUGCUGCGGGCUUGUCUUGCUAUGCGUGAGUUGUGUCGUCUGCUGCUGCUGCGCCUGUUGUCCAUUAUAUCGGCGACGUCAACAAUAUGUGGUCAUCAAAUCGUGGUAGUAAACCGAGGGCACAUACUUUCCGGGCUGGGAUGGACAAGAUCUAAAAAAAAGACAAGAUCUUCCACAAACAAGCUGAAGGCAGCUGAGAAAUGGACAAACUUAUAGAUGACAAAACUGAUAGAAGCAAUAUUAGAAAAAAACAGUCUAAAAUGAAACAAAAACCAAUUUUUAAAGAUGAAAGUGCACAAAUGGGGGCUUUUUAUGCGCUAUCACGAAUUUUUAAUUAUGUACUACAGUACUGUGGAAAGUAAAAAAUUAACUGCCGAGGGCUUCAGUCACAUAUAGGAAUUCAAAGUCACUCUUUGAAAAUGCUAUAGUAGUGGAAAAUGAAGACUUCACAAGUUAGAAACUUUACAACAAACAAUAAACUCCGGAUUGUUUUCUGAACUAGAGCUGUGUUUAAGUAUUUCAAGUCAUGUUUGUAUUGUCAUGUAAGUUUGAAAAUGUCAUAAGGUUUUCAUUUAACGGUCUUAACGGUGGCAGCGCUCAAAAUGUUUUGUCAACAUUACAAAGAUGAUAGAGCUUUGAUUUUUACCAUUUGCAAACAGGAUGUAAUAGAAAUAUUCGAAGAAAAAUAUUAAGCCAUCGCGAUUAAAUAAAUGUUUAAUUGCGUUGAUUAUUACCAUCGACUUUAAUAACAUGUAUGUACCACUGGGGCCGUCGACAUUCAGAAAUUGUAACUAGCGCAAGGCUUCAGACCAAUAGGAGUUCGAAUCAGAAA